AUGGCACCUGUAUAUGUGAAAGGAGGGGUUUGGACUAACGUUGAGGAUGAAAUCCUUAAGGCAGCUGUCUCAAAAUAUGGUUUAAAUCAAUGGGCAAGAGUAGCCUCCUUAUUACCUAAAAAAUCAGCAAAACAAGCAAAAGCAAGAUGGAAUGAAUGGAUAAAUCCAAAUAUAGAUAAAUCAGAUUGGACUAGAGAACAAGAUGAUAAAUUAUUGAACUUGGCUAAAUUACUUCCAAAUCAAUGGAGAACAAUUGCAUCAAUGGUGGGACGUACGGCCACUCAUUGUGUUGAACGAUAUCAAAAAUUAAUCGAUGAGGCAGCAGGCAUCGCCCCAACAACACAAGAUAACGAUCAUGAAGAAAGUCUUGGGUUGACCGGACCAGGAAUAGAAUCAUUACCAGCCACUGGACCUUCGUUGGAAAAAGCGGGUGAUUUGAAUAUCAAUCCUGAAAGUCGUCCAGCUCGACCCGAUGAAGAAGAUAUGAAUGAUGAAGAACGAGAAAUGUUGGCGGAAGCAAAAGCAAGAUUAGCUAAUACUCAAGGUAAAAAAGCAAAAAGGAAAGCAAGAGAAAGAAUGUUAGAAGAAAGUAAACGAAUUGCUUUAUUACAAAAGAGACGCGAAUUAAAAGCAGCGGGGAUUUCCUUUAAUUUGGAUGCAAAGAAUAAAAAGAAAAGCCGAAAAGAGUUCGACUAUAAUGCUGAUAUCCCCCAUGAACAUGCUAUACCGGAAGGUUUAUAUGAUGUAUCUGAAGAAAUAUCCCAGAAUGAUUCAAAGAAAUUCCAGUUUAGUAAAGAAGUGUCAAGAUCUGGUAUUCAAAUGGAACAACAUAACAGAGACAAAAAGUCAAAGGAUAUUAAAAAGGGUGAACAGAAACAAACGAAUAAACAUAAGUUGGAGAUUGAAGAAGCAGCUAAUUUUGUUGGGGAAUUGAAAGAAAAUGAAAUAACAAAAAGGAGGAAGCUUAAUUUACCAAUUCCUCUGAUAGAUGCUUCGGUUGUAAGUUCCAAGCAGGAAAGUCCGGGGCCCGCACCGAUAAUUUCCAAAGCUGCUAAGUCUAAAAUAGUGGAAUUGUUUAAGACCUCAUUGGGAUCAAUUCCGAAACCAGCUAAGCAUCACCAAAAUCCAGUUCCGGUACCAGUAGGAUCAGUCUUAAAUGAAAAUGAAGCUUUAAAUGUAACAGAUAGUUGGCAACAAGAUCAGGGAGAGAGACUAAAAGAUUUGGAGCUAUUACAACAAUUAGAUGAGGAAAAGGCCAAAUUGCGUAGGUCUCAGGCAAUUCAAAGAGGAUUGCCAGUACCGAGGAUCGAUAGAAGCUCUGAAACUGAUGGUUCGGUGUCAGAAUUGGAUAUAUUAAUAAAUGACGAAAUGCAGAAAUUGAUACGCUCUGAUUAUAGACGAUUUUAUGACUCCGCGUAUCGAGCCCCAUUGGUUGAAGACUUGGAUGAGGAAAGCUUUGAAACUGUCAACAAAGAAGUAGACCAAGAAAUGUCCUCCAUUGGCUCGAUUCCUAAGCCCGUUUCCAGUAACUUUGGACUUCCUUGUUCUCAUGCUGUGGGGGAAAAGAUUGUGAACAAAUUACAUGAGUUGUAUAGAUCCUCAGAAGAAAAGCAGAAAGAGCUCGAAGAUGUACUCAAACAGCCAGAUAGCAAUGACAAAUCGCAACUGAUAGCUAUAACUUUUCAGGAACUCCGUGAGGUAGAUGAGGAUUAUAAUUUUGUAUGUAAACGACUUUUGGAGGAAGAGACUGCAAUUGCUGCUGAAUCUGAACGACUUCAUAAAUUCGUCGACGAUUUAAAUAAGGCAAAAGCUCCAAUUGAAGAUCGAAUACGUACUCUUAGGAUUCAAAGGAGGUGA